AGAACGUACUCUGCUUUUGGGACACGUCCAGUAACGUUUCUUCUAUUCUAUUCACUGUUUACUCUCUUUUCCUUCCGGCACUGCCUUUUUAUUUUCUUCUAUUUAUAAUCCAAAAAGAAUCCCAACACAACACUCUUGUUUUCCUCUGUCGGUGUGCGCUGUUGUUGCGAAAAUUCGAGAUGGGAGAUGACACGGGAGCAGCAGCAGCAGCAACAGUAAACGAUCAUAGUAGCAGCGGUGAUCAUAGAAAAGAGGUGGAUAUUUACCCUCUAAGUUGUUACUAUUUUGGAUCCAAAGAAACCAUCGUUUUCAAGGAUGAAACUCUGUCCGAUCGUAUUAAAAGGAUGAAAUCCAAUUAUGCUGCUUAUGGACUGAGGACUUCUGUUGAAGCAGUUAUUCUGGUUGAGUUGUUCAAACACCCUCAUCUGUUGCUGCUGCAAGUUAGAAAUUCCAUCUUUAAGCUUCCUGGUGGUCGUUUGAGGCCAGGUGAAUCAGAUAUUGAUGGACUGAGGCGUAAGCUUUCCAGGAAGCUUUCUGCCAGUGAAGAUGACAGUGAAACUGAAUGGGAGGUGGGAGAAUGUCUUGGCAUGUGGUGGCGGCAUGAUUUCGAAACGUUAUUGUAUCCUUACUUGCCACCCAACGUGAAAAAGCCUAAGGAGUGCACCAAACUCUUCCUUGUAAGGUUGCCAGAGAGCCGAAAAUUUAUUGUACCCAAAAAGCUGAAAUUGCUUGCAGUUCCACUGUGUCAGGUUCACGAAAAUCACAAGACAUACGGACCGAUAAUAUCAGGAGUGCCACAGUUGCUAUCUAAAUUCUCCAUCAACAUCAUUGACCCUUAGAAUAUGCAUGUUGACCAUUUGGAGUGGGUUUGAGGUAAAAAUUACAGGAAAUAGUGAUAAGAUGUGUGCAACAAGCCAAUAGAAGUUUUCAAUCUUGGGUUUGUAAUUUUCAUGAAACCUUGAAACAUACUUGUAUAUUACCAUAGUUUUCUUACAGGAAGUGAUACAUAACAUUGAUCUCAACAAUAUUAAAUUUAUCUUAUGUUUGUUUUUUUUUUGAA